CCACGAGCCCUCCUCUCGGACCCACCCGCUUCCUUCCUUCUCGAACGCCUUGGCAGUCGUGGAAGUCCCCGCUUUCUUCCCGCCUCUCCCCCCAGUACCCCCGGCAGGCGCCCAUGUCCCAGACGCGGUCAUGAGCACCGGCUGUGAGCCUGGGCAGAACCCUUACGAAGGGGGGGCCGGGGGCAGCAAUGGUGGCGGCUCAGGGCCCCCCCGGAGGGCCCGGGCGCAGCGCGGGGGAGAGGCCCAGGGCCAGGCCAACGACGACAUGGACGCCAACAGCAACGGCUCCAGCGGCAACGAGUCGCACGGCGAUUCCAACAGCAGCUCCCGCAGCAGCGGCAACGGCAAGGAUUCGGCCCUGCUGGAGACCACGGAGAGCAACAAGAGUAGUGAACAGUCGGCGCGGGUGAAGACCCAGAAGGAGCUGAUGAAGGCGCUGAAGGAGAUGAAGAUCCGGCUGCCCUCCGAGAAGCGUAGCAAGGGGAAGUCGGGGACCCUGGCCACCCUGCAGUACGCCUUGUCCUGUGUGAAGCAGGUCCAAGCCAGCCAAGAUUAUUACCAGCAAUGGACCAUUGACGACAGCCAGCCCUGUAGCCUGGACAUGUCCACAUACACCAUCGAGGAGCUGGAGAACAUCACCUCGGAGUACACCCUGAAAAACCCCGACACCUUCUCCGUCGCCGUCUCCUUCAUCACGGGGAAGAUCGCCUACAUCUCAGACCAGGCCGCCUUCAUCCUGCGCUGCAAGAGGGACGUCUUCAAGGGGGCCAAGUUCGCCGAGUUCCUGGCGCCGCAGGACGUCAGCAUCUUCUACGGGUCCACCGCGCCGUACCACUUGCCCUCCUGGAGCGUCUGCACCUCUGCCAAUGCUGCCGCCGCCACCAUGGAUUACACCCAAGAGAAAUCGGUGUUCUGCCGAAUCAGCGGAGGCCACGAGAGCGGGCGGGAGCUGCGCUACUACCCCUUCCGUCUCACGCCGUACCUGACCAAAGUGCGCGACUCGGAUAACGCCGAAGGACAGCCCUGCUGCCUGCUGAUCGCCGAACGCAUCCACUCGGGUUACGAAGCACCCAGAAUCCCUCCAGAUAAGAGAAUCUUCACCACCAGACAUACCCCCAGUUGCUUAUUCCAGGACGUGGAUGAACGGGCUGCCCCUCUGCUGGGCUACCUCCCCCAGGACCUGAUCGGAACCCCGGUCCUCUUCUACCUGCACCCGGAGGAUCGGCCGCUGAUGCUGGCCAUGCACAAGAAAGUCCUGCAGUACGCCGGGCAGCCCUUCGACCACUCGCCCAUCCGCUUCUGCGCCCGCAACGGCGAGUACGUCACCAUCGACACCAGCUGGUCCAGCUUCGUCAACCCCUGGAGCCGCAAGGUCUCCUUCAUCAUGGGGAGGCACAAAGUCCGGACGGGUCCCCUCAACGAGGACGUCUUCACGCCCCCCAAAACGCAGAAGGGGAGGCCCGUCGAGCACAACAUCCAGCAGCUGUCUGAGCAGAUCCACCGGCUCCUCCUGCAGCCGGUGCACAGCAACGGAUCCACGGGGCUCUGCAGCAUCGGCAGCAACGCCUCCCACGAGCAGUUCCUGAGCAUCGCCUCCUCCAGCGACAGCAACGGCCUCCCCAACGAGGAGGCGCAGGCCGUGCGGCCGAUGACCUUUCAGGAGAUCUGCAAGGACGUGCACAUGGUGAAGAACCAGGGCCAGAAGGUCUUCAUCGAAUCCCGAGUCAGGCCCCAAUCCGCCAAGCACACCCGAGCAGCCCUUGAAGCCCCAGUCGAUCGUAGCGUCCAGCCGAUGGAGACCCUGCGGGAAGUGGAGAGGCCUGGGAAGGCGGCCGCCUCCGAGGAGUCGGUGAGGAAGGAACCCUCCAAUUACUCCUACCAGCAGAUCAACUGCCUGGACGGAAUCAUCAGGUACCUUGAGAGUUGCAACAUCCCCAGCCGCGUGAAACGCAAGUGCGGCUCCUCCUCCUACACCACCUCCUCCAAUUCCGACGAUGACAAGCAGAAAGUGGGCGAGGAGGGGAACCGUCCGAGCAAAGAUGCUCCGGAGGAAAUGCUGCCGACCGCAGAGAGCCAGCCCAAGAGGGAAGAGCCGGGGACGGCAGCAGCUGCCGUGGUCGGAGGCCCGCUCACGCCGUUGGCCUUGCCUAGCAAAGCCGAGAGCGUGGUCUCCGUGACCAGUCAGUGUAGCUUCAGCAGUACCAUCGUCCACGUGGGAGACAAGAAGCCCCCCGAGAUGGACAUCGUGAUGAUGGAAGAGGCGGCCCCCAGCGCCACCCCUUCGGCCCCGCCUCCCAGCGCCACCCCGGACCGGGAGCAGCAGUACCGCAAGGUGGGGCUGACCAAGGAGGUGCUCUCCGUCCACACCCAGAAGGAGGAGCAGACCUUCCUCACGCGCUUCAAGGACCUCAGCCAGCUGCACGUCUUCAACUCCCCCUCAGGGAUCGGCUGGCAGGAGCUGCGGCAGGCCGGGCCCCAGGCCGAGCGAGGGCACAAAGGCCCGCGCCAGGGGCCCCGCGGUCCGGGCUGCCGCGGCCGGAGCAGGAAGUCGAAGGCCAAGCGCGUCAAGCAGAACAGGUCGUCGGACAGCACCAGCUCCCCGCAGGACUCAACCGGGCCGCCGCAGGCUCCAGGAGCCCCGGCCCCUUCCCCCUGGCCUCCCUCGGGCAACUCCCAAGCCAGCCUGCCCGCCAUGCCCUACCCGGCCGUCAUGCCCACCUACCCCAUCCCCGUCUUCCCCCCUCGACCCGGCGCCUCCCCCUGCACGGAGCCCUCCCCGAACACGCUCUCCGCCGCUCAGUACCCCACGCCUUUGCUCACCCCCAUGGUGGCCUUGGUCCUGCCGAACUACGUCUUCCCCCCGAUGAACAGCGCCAUGGGCCAGUCUUUCUUCCCCGGCGGGCCCGCCUUCCCCUUCGGCCCUCAGCCGGGCGGCACCCCAACACCCGGGCCCGAGACGGGCACCCAGGCGCCGUCGCGGUCCUCCACCCCGCACUCCAUGAGCCAGCCCGAGCGUGCCGAGUCCCCGCUCUUCGAGUCCCGCUGCAGCUCCCCGCUGCAGCUCAACCUGCUGCAGAUGGAAGAGAUGCCCAAGGCCUGCGACCGCCCUGAAGCCGGCGGCGGCAGCCAAGCGGGGCCGACUGGGACCGCCAGCGACUGGGCCGGCGUCUCCAAUGGGCAAGGCCUGGCGGGGGGGCUCAACGCGCAGAAGGAAACGUGCAUGGUGGAGGCGCACGACUCCUCCAACAACGACGCCCUGUCCAGCUCCAGCGACCUCCUGGACCUGCUGCUGCAGGAGGACUCUCGCUCCGGCACGGGGUCGGCGGCUUCUGGCAGCGGCUCUGCCGCCUCGGGCUCGAUGGGCUCCGGAUCCAACGGGGGCAGCACAUCUGCCAGUGGCACGACCAGCAGCAAGAGCAGCCACACCAGCAAGUACUUUGGCAGCAUCGACUCCUCGGAGAACGACCUCCGGGGCAAGAAGCGGGCCGAGGCCGAGGACAACGAGCACUUCAUGAAGUACGUCCUGCAGGACCCCAUCUGGCUGCUGAUGGCCAACACAGACGAGAAGGUCAUGAUGACCUACCAGCUGCCCCCCAGGGUGUCUUCAUUCCGUCAGCCACAGCUCCUCCUGGAGACGGUGCUGCAGGAGGACCGUGAGAAGCUGAAGCAGAUGCAGAAGCGGCAGCCCCGGUUCACGGAGGAGCAGAAGAAGGAGCUGGCCGAGGUGCACUCCUGGGUGCAGAAGGGGGGCCUGCCCAAAGCCAUCAACCUCACGGCCUGCGUGGAGUGCGGCAGCAACCCCACCUCCAAAGUCACCCCACCGUACGACGUCGAGAUCCACGACAUGGAGCUGAACGGCCUGCUGGAGCCGGUGCCGAUGGAGGAGGGUAACGGCGGGCAGAGCUGCCUGCCGCCUUUGUCCCAGGAGAUGGCGAUGGAAGAAGAGGAGGCCGGGCCGGAGGCCACAGCGCAGCGGCAGCAGCCCCCCCGGCUAGAGGUGUCGGCAGAGAACUCAGGCUAAGCACCAAGGCGCCAAACCAUAAACUGCCCCCCGAAAGUCGGGGGUCACAGCUACUUGCCCGGGACUGGGAACAUGGCCGCGCGGUAGGCGGGGCCCGUAGGUGAGCGCUCGCCGCAGCUCCGCCUCCCACGGCCCUCGCCUGGCCAGAGAGAGAGGCGGCUGGCGGAUCGCCGGCCAGCCGCCCGGUCUGCAGGAGAGACCGCGAACGGCCAGUUUGAACGAUGGGCUCGGGCCCAGCCCGGGGCGGCUCCGGCUCCUGGCCUGCAGAAUGGCCCUUCCGCCACCCUUGCUGCCUUACAGAGGAUCUGCUCCUGGACUUGCCCACAAAGCUG